UAUUGCGCUGAGCGUACGCAUAUAAGAGUGGUCAUAAUCCUUGACCUCAUAAUGUUCAUUACUCUCAACUGGUGUUGAGAUCCCUUUUACAGUCCAAAAGCAAGGUUUUUUUAAUACAAUGGAUUAUGACGUUUCUAACAGCAGGCACAUGAUCAACUCUUAUCCUGUCCAUUUGGGCCCUGGUCCUUUGAACUAUCCACAGCACUUUGUAUUUUCCCAGUCCCCCGUUUUCAGUGAUAUCUCCCUUCCUUUGGAUGAUUUGUGUCGUUCCCAAUCAGCACCUCCGUGCCUGGAGCAAGGAAAUAAUUUAUUCAACUCACCCCUCUCCAUCCCUCAGCUAUUUUCUAAUUGCGACGUGUUCUCAUUGGCUGCUUCGACACAUGGUGGGGUUCAUUCUUCGUCAAAGGAACAUAUCCCUCGCCCACCGAACGCAUUCAUGCUCUACCGUUCACACAUGCUCAAGAGCCGGGGAAAUGCUGACCCUGAGAAGCGUCAGCAGAAUCUCAGCCGCAUCGCAGGGCAGCUUUGGAGAGCUAUGAGCAAAGAAGACAGAGCUGUGUGGCAUAAGAAGGCAGCGGAAGUCCAAGCUGCACACUGUGCGAAAUAUCCUGGCUACAAAUUCAAGCCCAACCGCAAGAGCGCUAAGUCGGCCAAGACUUUUCAAAGCGGCGCUUACUACUCGAAGCCUACUGAACAAGUCUGUGCGGAGUCAUCCAUAGGCCCAGUGCGACGUGUUCGCUCGUCCAGGGUCCGCCCUCAGGGUGUUACGCGUGAUGCUCUCCUCGGUGCAUUAAAAAAGCAGUUUCCAUCAGCUUUCUCAUCCCCUACUGGGCUCUCCCCUUUACAUUUUCCACCUUUCCUUCCAACCUUUUCUUUACCAGAGGCAAUGUGUGUUAACGAGCAGCCGAACGCCACUCUGUCCCUUCCUCAGUCUCAGUGCACGAAUGCGCUUGGCUUGGAAUUGAGUUCAUCACAGCCAUUGCAGCCUACUACGCCAAGAUCAGGACUAGCUGAAAUGCUCUCCGGUUUAGAUCUUGACGCCACGCCAACUGCAACAACCUUCCAACGGAACGGCGACAUAUCCGAGUCUGAUGCUUCUAUGUCCCAAGAUGACAUAUUCCUUGGAAUGGAACAACUGCGUCUUCCCCACAAUUCAAUGGAUUAUGAUGUAAAUGGUCUGUCUCCACUACUUCACGGAUCGAUGGACGGAUAUCAGUCGUCAGGCCAAUCCUUUUCGUGUUCGGACGCUUUCAGCGGGGCUCCAACAUGCACCUCCGAUUCAAUGUUCUCCGACUUUAUGUGUGAUUUCUCAAUGCCACUUGACCACGAAAGGGAUGAAUGGAGCAACACCUCGUGGAUGCUUAACAUGGACAAGAACUCAAAUAUUUAGAGGGUUUGCAAACACUCAUUUUUUCCCCUCCCAUUUUUUUUCAAGCAUUCAUAUAGCCAUUAUCGUCACGUCCCUUCUUUGUAGCUUAACACUAAUCGCUGUAUUCGUAGUAUGCCACGUUCGAUGUAUCAAUAGAACUUUUUCUCAAUUC